UUGAGGAGGCGCGGCCGCCAUCUUGUGCGUCGCCGGAGUCAGGCGAGCGGCCCUCAGCGUGGCGCCGGCCGAUCCCGCCGCAGCCAGGGCCGCUGGCUCCCGCCGGGGCGGCGGCGGACGGGGCAGGGAAAGAGCUCGGUGGGACGGGGAGCCCCCGCGGGCACGGCGGCGGCCCCUCCUCCCGCCGCCCCUCGCGUUCCCUCCUCGCGGGUUUGUGGCGCUGCGCCGGGAGAGGAUGAACGGAGGAUAAAUGGUGCCCAAGGCGGACAGCGGCACCUUCCUCCUUCUCUUCCUUCUGGUGCUGAGCAUCACCGAGCCGCUGCGGCCAGUUUUAAGAACGACGGGAGCUGGCUGGGUCGUGGGGGGAAGCAUCGGCCCUGCUGUCGGCCGGCUGUGUAAAGAGCUCCGCUGCAUCCCAGGGGAAUUUGCAUGUCGGAGUGGUACCAUUCAGUGCAUCCCUUCAAAUUGGCAGUGUGAUGGAUGGCCCACCUGUGAGGAUGAGAGUGAUGAAGUUGACUGUCCAGGCUUGACAGGGGACCAGCGAACAUACCAUGGGAAGGACAAUGGGGACAACAGGCACAAUCGAGGGAGAGGAGCAGAGACAACUCGCUUUCACACCAUCAGUGUGGCACAGCCUGUCCGGUUUAACAGUUUCCUAGGAAAGUGCCCAACAGGGUGGCACCACUAUGAAGGCACAGCCAGCUGUUACAGGGUGUAUUUAAAUGGGGAGAACUACUGGGACGCUGUGCAGACAUGUCAGCGAGUGAAUGGAUCCCUCGCCACCUUCACUGCAGACCAGGAGCUAAGGUUUAUCCUGGCACAGGAGUGGGACUUGGAAGAAAAAACGUUUGUAAGGAAGGACCAGCGUAGGUUCUGGGUCGGGUAUCAGUAUGUGAUCACCAAUCGAAACCACUCUGUAGAAGGCCACUGGGAAGUAGCUUAUAAAGGCUCUUCAGAAGUAUUUCUACCCCCUGACCCUAUCUUUGGUACAGCUAUGUCUGAAAAUGAAAACGUUCUUUGUGCCCAGCUUCAGUGUUUCCAUUUCCCUACCCUUCGGCACCAUGGUUUACACAGCUGGUAUGCUGAAAACUGCUAUGAGAAGUCUUCAUUCCUCUGCAAAAGGAGCCAAACUUGUGUUGAUAUCAAAGACAACAUUGUCGAUGAAGGCUAUUAUUUCACUCCAAAAGGCAAUGAUCCUUGUUUGAGCUGCACGUGUCACAACGGUGAACCUGAAAUGUGUGUAGCUGCUCUAUGUGAACGGCCCCAGGGGUGUCAGCAGUAUCGAAAGGACCCUAAGGAGUGCUGCAAAUUUACAUGUUUAGACCCAGAUGGCAACAGUUUGUUUGACUCCAUGGCCGGUGGGAUGCGUCUGAUCGUCAGCUGCAUUUCCUCCUUCCUCAUCCUCUCUCUGCUGCUUUUCAUGGUCCACCGCCUGCGCCAGAGGCGCAGGGAGCGCAUAGAGUCUUUGAUUGGGGCAAACCUGCACCAUUUUAACCUGGGCCGCAGGAUGCCUGGAUUUGAUUAUGGUCCCGAUGGUUUUGGAACUGGUCUUACUCCACUGCAUCUUUCAGACGAUGGGGAAGGUGGAGCAUUUCAUUUCCAUGAUCCACCUCCACCCUAUACUGCUUACAAAUAUCCAGAUAUUCAACAUCCAGAUGACCCACCUCCUCCUUACGAGGCUUCUGUCAAUCCAGACAGCAUUCUUUGUUCCACUCCAGACAGAGUUCUUUCUCAGACUGUGCAAAGCAGUCCCCCAUCACUAGGAAACUGUGAUGCAUCCCCACAGUGUACAGAGGGAUCACUUCCUCCCUCAGUUGGUCCCUCUCCAGUGGAGCUGGAAGACUCUGCUGAUAGCAGCACCUUUCUCGUCCCUCCUGACACACCGCUAAAUGAGAACACACCGGCAGAAACUCUUAUGGGCAGCCGUCACAGCCACUGUUCUCUCAAUACUGUUGUAUAAAGGAGCAAAAAGCCGACUGGCCAUCAAAUAGUUUUAGUACCUGUUUGCACAGACAAACACUAAUCCGUGGUCUGAACUUCAGAAGGAAUCUCCACUCGGUUUUUUGAACACUGCGUUUAUGUUCUAGGUUAGGAUCGUGCCUCGCGUUUCUUGGCUGUCGUUAUUCAUUCACUAAUCGGUUUGUCCUGUAAAUAUGGAUUGUAUAACUGCUCUUUUUUUCCAUGGGCUAUGGAGAAGAGUGCAGAGAAUUCUUUUGACUUCUAAGGAGGUGAAAAGUAUGAGUAGGUUUGGGGUUUUUUUUCUUAACCUAAGAGGAAACAAAAUCUACAUCAGAAAAAAGCUGCUUGGAUUUGGCUGGAUACCACUGGACACAGGGAAGAGAUGAUGGAAGAGGAGGGUGGGGGCAGUCACUGUUCAGUCAGUUGCCUUCUCGCUUCAGUGCUACACUUGGAAAAGACAGAGAAGAUGAACUGCAGGGGAAGGGGCUCAGGGUCCCUUUUAUAGAACAGGAACACUGAGGAGCUAGAGCACAUGCCACCAAGUAAGUUACACAGUAUGAAACAUUUGUGUGCUUUGACCUGUCUUGCUGUUUCAGAACACCGUAGGGACUGGAAGAUGAAUGAUCCACACAAUAUGUUUCAAGUGGGUACUGAAAAAACUAGGAUUUGCAAUUACAAUUUGUUGUUGGUAGCUGAAAAAUCUCAUUGUCAGGUAAACUUUCUGACACUUGAGGAAAACGGUCUGUAUAAUGCUUCUGUCCCUUUGGUAGAAUCCUGGUAACGUGUUAGGUAGCACACAGGGAAGUGAUAGGGAGCAAUUAGCUUCAGUGCAGUCUGAUUUCCCUGUAUGAAGCUCUUUGUUGUAAUCCCAUAAGGAAGACUGAGAUUUUUUCUUUGUAGUUUAACCUCUCUACAUUUGCACAAGACUGGUUUUUGCUUUUCUUAUCACAUGCUAUAUUUAGCAUGGAAGUGUUUCCCUCCCCUUCCAUUUCACUUCUUUAGAGCUCCACAAAUACCAUUUAAAAACAGUGAUCAACACACUCUGUGGUGUUCAGUUCUAACUGGACAUUUGUUCCUUAUCACACUCCCUGUUCUAGGGAUGUCCUGUGUGCCCCACAAACCAUUUACCAAGGUCUCACAAGGGGUUACAGUGUGUUUAGUGUACUUGAGUCAAUAAAGCAGGUUGCUUCAGUCUGAUGUCAUCUUAAAGUUCCCCCUCAGUUUGAACUCUCUUAAUUUACAGAUGGCAAAAAGCUUCAUUCACUCCCUCCCUAAGCCCAAAGGCCAGCACUGUUGGUUUUGGUAACAAGAGCAAAAUCCUCUUUACAGGCGAUGUUAAAUUUGGUGGGAUUUCAGCAUACAGUAACUCUCCCUUCCCCCCAUCCUCCUCUUGCCUCUGCUUCUCCUUGACUUACUGUAGCAGUCAGCAAGUGAGAUGAGUUACAAGGAAUUUGCAAAGAAUGCCCCUGUGAGUGUUCUCCUGUUACCCUAUGAAGGGUACAAGCCUAGAGGGAUCCGAAGAAAACACCACAUGGGGGUGUGUUUGGGAUCUAUUUUUCUAGUAAUGACUAGAGGAAUCAUACUUGUAUGACAAAUCCUAUCCCACUGCUGUGGUUUCUGAGUGCAACCGACUCCCCACUGAAUAUGCUGCUACUUUCUAUUCUGUGUCUUGCCUAUGGGCUUGUACUGUACUUGGGGAUUGGUCUUGACAAUUCAACCUCCUUUUGCAGAGAGAACUGUGAGCUUUGUUAUUGAGAUCAUAGCUGGUGUCUUGACGUUCAGAUACUUGCCAACAGUCUUGAAUUCAUCAGAACACAUGAAUCUCAGUUCUGGGGUGUGCUCCUGGCACGUGAGUGGGAGGAAACGCAGUUGGGAAGCCUCUUCUCCUGGAGCCGACCGCCUCCUGCCCUCUGCCUCCCGCCUCCACCAGCGCUGGUAAGAAACCAGAAGCGCAGUUCUCCACCCUGUGCCAUCUCUUACCCUCUCUUCCUCUGAGUUCAAGUCCUGGUGUAAUGAAGUGGAUGGAUAGCAGCAGUCAGAGCCAUGCAUACAGAUUGUUGAGCAUUUCUGAAGUAUGAAAAUAAAGCGGGUUUUGUGCAUUUUUGAGCACAUUCAUACGUUUUAUACAUUGUAUGUACUGACCUUUCUUCAGUUUUAUAGCUCCGGGUGCGUGUGUGUGCGUGUGUGUCUGGGUGGUGAGAUGUUAUAUAUAUACACACACAUACAUACUGUAGAUGGUAACCUUUGUGCUGUGUCCAGCUAGCUGAAGCUAAGUACUGGGAUGUAAAUUAGGCUCUUAGGGUUAAUACCUCUCUGAAGCUGGCUGUGCUCUGUUGUAGGACAGGCUGUGAUCGUGUGCACUUCAGUAGGAUGCAAAGUCUGUGCUACUACAAUCUGUUCCUGGAAAAUAUUUUGUUAACAGUGCAAAAUAGAAAACUUCUAAUUGCUUUUGAGGCCAGAUGGAAGAGUUGUUCUUUGUUAGUAUCCUAGUGCAAUAAUGAAAGGCCUCUUGGCUUGGUUUAGUCUCUGAGGUUGUGUGUUGUGGCUGAGGUGAGCAGCUACCUCACCUCAUGCUUCUCCUAAACUGCAGGACUCUGAUAUUUUUUGCUUACUUUUGGUUCUGUGGUGAUUUUUAUUUGGAAAUAAGCUGUGUUACAACUGGCAGCUUCAUGGUGGCUCCUGGUUGUAGCUAUUCCAAAUGGAGACUUCUUUGUAGAAGCCUCUCUGUGAUAUUUCCCCCACUGCUUCUGAGCCUUUCCCACUUGCAUAUUGGCACGGAGGCUGCUAUUUUCUCUUUUAUCCUAUCCUUCUUCAUCUUAACUGUAAGCAAGGGAAGUUUUGCCUUGAGCAGAGCAGCUCACUAAGUACAGCUCAUUUACCUCUUGGUGAGCUUCUAAUUUGGCAAUAAAAUUGUCUCUCUUUUUUUUUCCCCCUCCCUUUUUAAUGUAGCUUUUUCACACUGAGUACUUCCUGUUGGAGUAAGGACCUUUACAGCAGAAAUUGUCACAACUACUCAGACUUCUGGACCAACUGAGGAGGAGUUAUAUUUUCUUGACAGCAGUUGACUCCUCAGCAAACCUUCCUUACCCUUGGCAGGGUGACUAGUAAGCUGUUUGUCCUCAACACCAAUUAGAGAGGGAUGGUGCUGGCCUGAGGAGGAGCCUCCUGGUCUGAGUGCUGUUAGGCUGAUGAGAUCUUUGGAUGGUGCAUUGAUUUCUUUAUUUUUAAUUAUCUUCUUUUUUUAUUUCCCCAGCACUUUUCACUUCUCUGGAUGUGUUUUGUAGCUACUGGUGCAUGCCAAGCGUCCCUCCAGCCCCAUGGGGGAGGUGGCAUUGGCACACCGUUCCCAGCGGCACGCUGUGUUUCUCUGAGGCCGCCUCUGAGCGCGGUUGUCAGCUGCAGCACUUGGUUCCACGUGGGGCUCCUGCUGCCCGUUGUGGCCUCUCCUCAGGCCUCUCCUCAGGUUCCCCACCCUCAUGACAUACUGUGGUGCCAUACUGAGGUGUCUCUGCUGUUGCUUCAGAAGCAACCCGAGAUAUUCCCUUCUGUGGGUGUUAUCAGUGGUACCCACACUCACAGGCUUGUCUCACAACAACCUUUUUUAUGAGGUGGGUCGCAGAGGACUGUGACAUUAGAAGGGUGGUGGGUUUCAUUCUGUGCUGGAAGAUCAAAACUCUCAUUCAGAUGUACAAGGAGCUUGCCUGUGUAAUGUUCAUGUUUAAUUCUGAGCCUUAGACUAUUCCUUUACCCUUUAUUCAUGGCAGGACACUGAUCUAGAGAGUGAAGUUGGUGGAAUACUUUCUGAUGACUUAAUCCUAUAGUUGGCAGGAAGAAAAUGUUUUUGUGACUAGUAAUUAUUACUGUUCUUUUUCCAUCUAAUCUGAAAUUAAUUUGAAGCUGUUUUUAAAGAUGGUUUAAUCUUUCACAUGUGGCUCUUCAGUGGCAAAGCACUGAUGUUCUAAUGUUGCCUCGUACAAUCCGUAACACGCAUCUCUUCUCUUUCAGUUGCUGAAAUGUCUUUUUUCUCCCUAGUGAAGGAACAUGCAAUACUCAGAAGUACCUUUUAAAUCUCCCUUGCAAGUUGGGAGCUGGACCCUACAAUUAGAGCAGAUUAGUGUAACGGAGGCAAAUCAAAGCUCAGACAUUAUGUUCCCCGGUUCCAAGUGAAAUAAGUGUUUCUUUGGAAUUAAUGUUUUGAGCAGUGAAGAUCUGCUUCCCCUGACAACAGCCUGCGUUACCUGACUGCUACGGUACCACAUAGCUUUAAUUUCCCAGUAUAUUGUGCACCUUGAGCACGGUGUGGGCUGGAGCUGCUGCCAGCAGGGAUGCUGUGCUGCUGGGCUGCGUGCGUGGCCGUGCCGUUCCGAUCCCCUGGCGUCGGGCUGCUGGCUGCCUGGGGUGCUGACACACACCACACACUGCUUUGAACCUUCUCCUGGAAAAUAACUUCAGCCAACGCUGCAUUUGCAGGCUUCUCCUGUGUAGCUGGUUUGUGACUGGACUUAACUGUGGCCGUGUAUAAAAGGUUUUGAUAUUCUGUGACAUACCAUGUAGGAUUCAAAUUUGAUACUAUAAUAAUUCAGACCCUGUGGCACUGUUUUUUUUUUUUUUUUGGUUUAACUUCUUCCUUGGGGUUGGCACUAAUCUUUUGUUUUUUUUCCUUAAGAUGCUGUGAGAAACAUUUCAUCCAAAUGCCAAAUAAAUUGUGUUCUGUAAGAGAAA